GCGCGCGCGCGCGGCGGCCCCAGGUACGCGGACAAGAUGGCGGCGGCAGCGGUCGACAGCGCGAUGGAAGUGGUGCCGGCGCUGGCGGAGGAGGCCGCGCCUGAGGCAGCGGGCCUCAGCUGCCUCGUCAACCUGCCCGGCGAGGUGCUGGAGUACAUCCUGUGCAGCGGCUCGCUGACGGCCGCCGACAUCGGCCGCGUCUCCAGCACCUGCCGGCGGCUGCGCGAGCUGUGCCAGAGUAGCGGGAAGGUGUGGAAGGAGCAGUUCCGGGUGAGGUGGCCUUCCCUUAUGAAACACUACAGCCCCACCGACUACGUCAAUUGGUUGGAGGAGUAUAAAGUUCGGCAAAAAGCUGGGUUAGAGGCCCGGAAGAUUGUAGCCUCCUUCUCAAAGAGGUUCUUUUCAGAGCACGUCCCUUGUAACGGUUUUAGUGACAUUGAGAAUCUUGAGGGACCAGAGAUAUUUUUUGAGGAUGAACUGGUGUGUAUCCUAAAUAUGGAAGGAAGAAAAGCUUUGACCUGGAAAUACUACGCCAAAAAAAUUCUUUAUUACCUACGACAACAGAAAAUUUUAAAUAAUCUUAAGGCUUUUCUUCAGCAGCCUGAUGACUAUGAAUCAUAUCUUGAAGGUGCAGUGUAUAUCGACCAGUACUGCAAUCCUCUCUCCGACAUCAGCCUCAGAGACAUUCAGGCCCAGAUUGACAGCAUCGUGGAGCUUGUUUGCAAAACCCUCCGGGGCAUAAAUAGUCGCCACCCCAGCUUGGCCUUCAAGGCAGGUGAAUCCUCCAUGAUAAUGGAAAUAGAACUCCAGAGCCAGGUGCUGGAUGCCAUGAACUACGUCCUUUAUGACCAACUGAAGUUCAAGGGGAACCGAAUGGAUUACUAUAAUGCCCUAAACUUAUAUAUGCACCAGGUUUUAAUCCGCAGAACUGGAAUCCCAAUCAGCAUGUCUCUGCUCUACCUGACCAUUGCCCGGCAGUUGGGGGUCCCACUGGAGCCUGUCAACUUCCCCAGUCACUUCUUAUUAAGGUGGUGCCAAGGUGCAGAAGGGGCAACCCUGGACAUCUUUGACUACAUCUACAUAGAUGCCUUUGGGAAAGGCAAGCAGCUGACAGUGAAAGAAUGUGAAUACCUGAUCGGCCAGCAUGUGACUGCAGCGCUGUAUGGGGUGGUGAACGUAAAGAAGGUGUUACAGCGAAUGGUGGGAAACCUUUUAAGCCUGGGAAAGCGGGAAGGCAUCGACCAGUCGUACCAGCUCCUGAGGGACUCCCUGGAUCUGUACCUGGCGAUGUACCCGGACCAGGUGCAGCUCCUCCUUCUCCAAGCCAGGCUCUACUUCCACCUGGGCAUCUGGCCAGAGAAGUCUUUCUGUCUUGUCUUGAAGGUGCUUGACAUCCUCCAGCACAUCCAAACCCUAGACCCCGGGCAGCACGGGGCGGUGGGCUAUCUGGUGCAGCACACGCUGGAGCACAUUGAGCGGAAGAAGGAGGAGGUGGGCGUGGAGGUGAAGCUCCGCUCCCACGAGAAGCACAGAGACGUCUGCUAUGCCAUUGGGCUCAUUAUGAAGCAUAAGAGGUAUGGCUAUAACUGUGUCAUCUAUGGCUGGGACCCCACCUGCAUGAUGGGACAUGAGUGGAUUCGAAACAUGAACGUCCACAGCCUGCCUCACGGCCAUCAUCAGCCUUUCUAUAAUGUGCUGGUGGAGGACGGGUCCUGUAGAUAUGCCGCCCAAGUGGCAAAACAGGGAACACGGAAGGGAGGUAGUGUGGUUUUCCUAAGAGAUGAUAGAGGUGCCACAGCCCAUAUCCCUGUAGGGCCUAGAGAGAACUUGGAGUACAACGUGGAGCCUCAGGAGAUCUCACACCCUGACGUCGGACGCUAUUUCUCCGAGUUCACGGGCACUCACUACAUCCCGAACGCAGAGCUAGAAAUCCGGUACCCAGAGGAUCUGGAGUCUGUCUAUGAAACGGUGCAGAAUAUUUACAGUGCAAAGAAAGAGAAUGUGGAGUAAAGUCUAGGGGGACAUUGUACCUUUGCUGCUGCUGCUAUUUUCCAAGAGAACAGGAUUCCGGACGGAGAUGUCUCCACGGAUCCCUCUGGAUUCACACCACCGGGAAAGCCACUUAACAAGUAGUGCUGAUUGCCUCCUACUAAGUUUAAAUCACGUGUGCUCUCCUCCAGCUGCAAAGACAAUGUUGCUCUCCGCCUACACUAGUGAUUCAUUGAAAGGCACUGUGUUCAGUGGCAUGGCUUGUAUGCUUGUCCUGUGGUGACAGUUCGUGACAUGCUGUCUUCAUGAUGUCUCACAGUCGACACUCUUAUAACCGUUCUUUUUCUUCACUUCCCAUUGUGUCUGUCUACAUCGUCUCAGAACGUUUCAUUUGCUGGACAGAUGGGGUUGUCCGUUUGCAGUCAUUUCUCUCUGAUUUCUCUGUGGAAUAUGUGCACUCCUCAGUCAGGAUCAUCUGUCUUUUUACCCUGAAUUUAGUGCCGAUCCAGGGCUGAAGCUCUAGGUGAUCUUGGCAGCAUCUUAGCUCUGGAGUCGUUAACAAACUAAUGGUAAUCAGAAGCAUUGGAAUUUAUUUUUUUCUAAUUCUUGAAACAGAUUUCAGGCAUUUAUCCUUUUCUUUAUUUGAAUUGAGAGAAUGACACAGUUUUGCCUUCCGGAUUCGUCUCUUGGAUUUACGCUCAUAUCUCUACGAAUUAUUAGUUUUCUAUUUUAUUACAUAAAAUUCUUUGAGAAAAUGCAUAAUUAAUAAUAGCCUUUGUGAAUGGGGUUUUCCACAUUCAUCUGCUCUUCCUCCCUUUAAAAUAAGUGGGGUUUUUUAAAAAAUCUACUCCAGUAUUGUAAGUAGAUCUUAAAUCAGUGAUGAGUUUUCUUUGUAGUAGGAAGUACAAUCUGCUGUUAAAAUGUCUGCUUUUAGAAACCGUACUCCGUGGUCUCCAAAGGCCUGAAAAUGAGGUUUCACUUUUAUAACCAGAAAAAAGAAGAGAUAAUGAAACUUAGAAAUUAAAAAGGAAAGGGGAGUUUUCGUGCUCCCUGUCCUUCCUUAGAAUCACUUCAGGACCUUUUUGAAUGUGGCGGAGUAGAAAUAAACGGAAUAUUUCCAAUUUUAAGAGCGUGUGCCCUGUGGGAAAGGAGACGUGAGUGUGGCCCGUGUUCUCGAGUUACCAUUGCUGUGAAAGCACCGGGAGGAAGUCUGUGCUCAAGCCACUGGGGAGUCCGGCUGCAUAGCCAGGCUCUGCUGGCACCUGUCCUUUCCAUGUUCGUGGUACCUGAGCGUGAAGGUACCGAGUCUUAACUCGGCUCCGGACUCCCACCGUUCUCGACCUGUCCCUUCUCCAGCGGGCUGACCUUGUAGUUAACCAGUAGCAGCUAACUUCUGGAGUUAGGACCUAGUUACUUUACUCUAAGUUUAAAAGAUUCCAGUUGCUCUAGUGAAUGAGACUUUCGGGGGCUGUGAUCCAGCCACGCCUCGCUGCCUGUCUGACCAUUUGCAUGCAGUAUUGUCACACCAUGUUUGAUGACUGCCUCUCGUUUACCCUUUGGAAACCCUGGGUUGACCAAGGUUUGGGGAAGCCACCUGAGACCACUUACUAGCAAGUGACAGCUAUUGAGCAGUUAUGGGAAAGAGAUGGGGAUUUGGCUAGCCAGCCCCCAUCAGCUCCGGUCCAGGACCCGUGUUCCUCAUCUGUCCAAUCCAAAGUCAGAUGAUCUGGACUUGCAUUUGAAAUUGUGACCACUCACAACACCCGGCCCGUCUGAGGCUGGGGGGUUUACACUACUCUCAUUUAAAGGUGAAAAUUAGAUACUGUGGCAUUAAUAUUAAUGAGCUGCAUUACUAAGAAUCUGUGGCAUGCUGAGAGUUACAAUUGUUGGUUUUCUGGUUUGAUUUCCUUUUUUCUUAGAGUAACAUCGAAGCCAAGAAAGACGGUUUUACCUUUACUAACCCCCUGUAAAUAUGUAUCUAGACUGUUUCUAAAUGUGUUUCUUCAUGAAUGCUUCAUUUGGCUCCAGGAAGCCUGUGUCACCUGUGUGAGUUGGUCUUUGGGCACUUUAUAUUUUUCUAAAAAUGUGUUUUGGAUCCUGUACUCUAAUAAAUCAUAAGUUUCUUUUUAAAAUUUUUCGAAACGUUAUCUCCACUUUAAAAACCCCUGUUAUAAAAGUAGAACUUUCACAAUGUUGAAAUAUUAAAUAUUUGGAUAUAGUAACUUCUUUUCUCUUCAAAUGAAUGCCAAGAAUUUUUUGUACAAUGAUUAAUAAAUGGAACUUAUCCAGAGAAACCACACAAAUGGCCUGCCGGGUUUCGUUCCAGAACAGAAAGCCCAGCCGUGACAACAGCAGAAUCUCUCUCAGUUCUCAUUCUGAUUGAAAUAUGCAAAAAUUGGCUCUACUGAAUUUCUCUUUACAUCAGUGAGCGGACAGAGCACCUUUAUAUUAUGAUUUCCCUGCCAAACGUUAAUUUUUCGAGCUGGCUAGUCAUCUUGAGAGUGUCCGGUUGUAACGCAAAGAUUGCAGCCUUUUGAUUAUGUCGAGUUACGUGUUGUAAAGUGAGAGUUGCAGUGAGAGUUGGUGUGUCGUUAAUGCUGACCCGAUAGCUGCACGCACGCGGCGUUUUCCACAGCGUCCCGCUGAGCGCUGCUCCCCGGCGCUGUCACACGUGUGCUGUCACACACGACACGGAAAGGGAUGGUCACAGCUGAGCCGUCACCAGUUUCGUGCACUGCGGUGUUUCUCAGAGCCUUUCACAUGCUGUUGUACUUUGUGACUUUCCAGGAGGGGAGUGUAGUGGUGUCUUCCCAACUUCUAAGGCCCUAGAACUUUCCUCCCCCAGCACACCUGCAUGUGCACAGCAUCCCCGAGGCCCAGGGUUUGCAGAGCUGCUUUGGGAAACACAGUCUCAGCGAGACGUCAGUUAUGCCCAAACCUAGUCCGCGUCACCAGCAGACCAGUCUUGCGAAGCGUCUCAUUUGAAAACAUGAUCCAUCUAAUCGGAUUUUGAAAGGCUGGCUUCGUGGUGUCUCUGUCCGAGCCUCGUAAUAGCUCUCCGUCAGAAGUGCGUUUACAUUGCAAAGUCAUGUUAUUUCAAAAACCAGCAUCAAUACUCUUGCUCAAUCAGUUUUACAUUUUCUAAUAUCCACUUAAAGUCUCGUUCUACGUUUAAAACGUCUGAGUCUUUCUUAAGGUAUUAAACCGAGUCACGCUUUCAUGUCCUGGACUCUCAUCCGCUACCACCAGGCCCCUUUGCUGUAAAGGGGGGGACAUGUCUUUCCCUUCGUUCACGUUCCAAGGGAGUGAAGUUGGAUUGCCAGCAGCCUUUUCAUGCUAAAGCGUCUUGUGGCCAUAAUAAUCAAGCUGUAGCUCUUCAUGUUUUUUGUUUGAUUUUUGGAGGGAAGGAGAGACUGUUCACCUAGAAGGAAUGCAGAAUUUGGCUCUGUGACAGUCUGGUUUUGGAGACAUUAACAGCUGUACUGCAGGUAUUACCUUGCGUUGCGUGCUCACUUUAAGCCAGGCACCAGCCUCAACUGCUUAUAAUCCUCACGGCAACCCUGCAAGACGCGGGCCGGGCGGUGAAUGUGUUUGCAGGCCGUGUAAGGUCUCUGUCACGUAUUCUUCUUCGGUUUGAAAAAUGUAAAAAACAUUCUUAGCUAGAGGGCUGUGAAGAAACAGUCCACAGGCUGGAUGGGGCCGGCUGGCCCGUGGGCUGCAGUCUGCUGACCCCUGCUGAGGUGUAGGCCCGCCUAGUUCCCUGAGCGGACUGCUCGCAGGUGGGGAGCCUGGCUGUGAACCCAGGGACCUGACCUCUGAGCCCCAGCUCCCCGCACCCAGACUGCCGACAACCUCAGCAACUACCUCGCAAGUGUCUUUACCCUUUGCCUGGCUGCAACCUUAACUUCUCGCGUUUCAGUUCUGAAAAUUUAUAGAGUCUUGGGAGAAAAGAACAUUCCUUUGGUGACUAAAAUUUAUGUGCAAUUACAGAAGAAAUGUAUUACGGCCAUUUAGCAAUGAUUGUAUUAGGGUAAUGUUAGUUCUGUAAUAAAUAGACCCGAAAAUGUAUGAUGUCUUGAA